AUGGCCAGACGGAAACCCCCCGCGCCGAACGUCAAGAAGUUCGGCGCGCCCCUCUACGCCUCCGCGUGGAUCGACGAUCGCGUCGCGCUCGUCGCCGGCGGCGGCGGCAAGAAGAGCAGCGGCAUCCCGAACCGGGUGAUGCAAGCCUCGUUCGACUCCGUCGAGCUCACCGAGCCCCUCGCCUCCGUGCACACCGACGAGACCGCGCCGCAGGUGCUGUGCGCGCACCCCUACGGCGCCGAGCUCCUCGUCGCCUUCUCCGGCGACGUCGCCGUGUACGUCGUCACCGCCAACGACGCGUCCACGCAGCUCGCCGAGACGGAGGAGUCGGACGCGCCCCCGCCCGAGGCGUCCGCGCCGUACCGGAUCUCGCCAAGGGAUCUCGACGAUGCGUCGGGCACCGCGACGCGCGUGACGCUCGCGACGUGCGACGUCAAGUGCGCGGCGUUCUCCCCGGACGGCGCGUCCCUCGCGGUGGGCCUGGAGAGCGGCGAGGUGCGAUUGUUCGCGUGGCCGACGCUCGAGCCCUCGGAGGUGCGAUUGGACGGAUCGCACGCCGACGCCGUCAACGGAGUGGCGUUUUCCCCCGACGGGACACAGCUGUUGUCCACAUCUUCCGAGACGGUCAAGGACGGGCGCGGGCCUAUCGUGUGGAACGUAUCGACCGGGGCGAAAGUCGCGACGCUGGUGGACGAGGGAAGGGAAAAGGCUGCGGGAAAGGCCAGGUUCGGUCGCCAGUACCGAUUCUGCGGUUUCACCCCGUGCGGCGCGUUCGCGCUCACCGGGCUCAACGACGGCGGCGAGGGCCACGUGUGCAAAUGGGCGUGCGACACGUGGAAGCCCCUCGGCACCGCGCGACGGGUGACGCGCGAGCCCCUGAGCGCCAUGGCGUUCGAUCCCACGGGCCGCACGGUGGCGUGCGGCAACUCGGAAGGUCACGUCCUGAUCGUCGACGUCAAGACGCUGGCGAUUAAAAAAACGAUCCGGGGCGCGCACAUGAUCUUCGUCACCACGAUGGCGUACUCGCCAGACGGCUCCACGGUGCUCAGCGGCAGCGCCGACGCCUCCGCGUGCUGCACCGUCGUGUCGCGAAAGCGUACCGGGGCCGGGGGUACUAACGGCGGCGCGUGGAACGACGUGGCGGAGAAGGCGUACGCGUUGCUGGUCGCCGCGGUACUCGCGUGGCUCUUCUUCACGGUGGGGAGGCUGGCGGCGCGGCUGCAAACCGCCGCGAUCGGGCCGGACGCGAACGGCGGCGCGGGCGGGGACGUCGAGCGCAUCGACAUGCUCGCCGGUCUCAAGUACGGCGACAUCAAGCGCCUCGCGGCGGACGUGCGGCGGCGACGGGAGGCGGGCGGUGACUCACCGGGCGGUGACGCCUCGGCGCCAGCUGUGAACGACGAAUCGCACAAGCCGACGCCGGACGACACCGAGCGCCUCUUCGCGGACGAGGACCCGACGCCCUACGAGUGCGUCGACGGGGAGAACAUCCGGUGCGAGGACGUGCUGACGGAGCCCGAGGCGUGGGAGAUGCGCGUGAAGAAGAAGGGGGCGGGCGGCGACGACGACGGGCAAACGCACACAAAGCCGAAGUCGAGGGAGGAUGCGCGAGCCGCGACGUUUGAGGCGGUGCCGAGCGAAGCGAUGGAGACUGGGGACGGUCGAGUGCCAAGUCUCGGGGCGCCGGGUUGGGGGGAUCGUACGAGGGACGAGCUGUGA